AAUUCCAGACCGAUGGUCGAAUUGUAAUUAAGUCGGUGAAUGGUCGGUGGAAAUUGGAAACAAAAACCUCUCCCAGGAGUAGCUUGUUCAUUCUGUUUCAUCUCUCGCUCUCCUACUUCCAUCUCCAGCUCUAGCUCCAGCUCCAACUCCAACUCCAGCUCCAAACAUGCAGGCCAGUGAUAGGUUUAACAUCAAUUCCCAGCUUGAGCAUCUCCAAGCUAAGUACGUUGGAACUGGCCACGCCGAUUUAAAUCGAUUUGAGUGGGCGGUGAACAUCCAGCGUGAUAGCUAUGCAUCAUAUAUUGGCCAUUACCCCAUAUUGGCGUACUUCGCUAUUGCAGAAAAUGAGUCUAUUGGCAGAGAACGCUACAACUUUAUGCAGAAAAUGCUCUUGCCCUGUGGUCUCCCCCCAGAAAGGGAAGAUGAUUGAGAGUUCAGGCGAUGAAGUUAGAACUGAUUAAUUCUGGGAUCUUUAUGGGCUGUAAAUCUAGAGAUUUGUGAGAUUGAUGUUUGUUAAUUACAGUGAUGAGCACUGAAGUUGUGGUCUCAUUAUAUGUUUUUUGUGAACGUUCAGAAAAAUAUUAAUGUGGUUUCGCAUUUCUAAAA